AUGGCGGCGCUGGGGGAGGCAGCGCCCCCUGGUGGCCGGGGAGCCAGCGCUCCCUCCCGCGCCGUGCUGCGCACGCGCCUUCGCUCGGUCACGACUGGGAGGCCAUCGCCGCGGGCUGCUGACGCCGGCGCAGCCUCUGCGCGCUUUCCGGCCGAGCUCUUCACUCCUGAGAACCUGGGUGGCCCACGCCGUGCGCUGGCGGCUCGCGCCUUCGGGGAUGGCUCGGCGCUGCUGAAGCACGAGCUGGCCUUCUGCCUGGGCCAGAUGCAGGAUGAGUCCGCCAUCCCCGUGCUCAUCCAGGUGCUGGAGGACACGGCACAGGAGCCCAUGGUCAGGCACGAAGCAGGUGAAGCCCUGGGCGCUAUUGGGAACCCCAAGGUGCUGGAUAUCCUGAGACGCUAUUCCGAGGACCCUGUGGUUGAGGUGGCAGAGACGUGCCAGUUGGCUGUGAGGAGGCUGGAGUGGCUGCAGGAGAACAAGGAGAAGCCAGGCACCAGCCCGUACCUCUCCGUGGAUCCUGCUCCCCCCGCCGAGGAGACGGACGUUGCCAAACUCCGGGAGACCCUCCUGGACGAGUCCCGGGAGCUGUUCGAGCGGUACCGCGCCAUGUUCGCCCUGCGGAACCUGGGGGGCCAGGAGGCUGUGCUGGCACUGGCCGAAGGGCUGCGCUGCGGCAGCGCGCUGUUCCGCCACGAGGUCGGGUACGUGCUGGGGCAGCUGCAGGACGAGGCGUGCGUCCCUCAGCUCACGGCCGUGCUGUGCAGCCCCUCCGAGAGCCCCAUGGUGCGGCACGAGUGCGCCGAGGCGCUGGGGGCCAUCGCGCGGCCGUCCUGCCUGCGCGCCCUGCGCGCCUUCGCCGGCGACGGG